AUGAAUUUUGUUUUCCUCUUUUAUGGUCCACCUUGUAGCGGUAAAGAUAAAUUUAUAAAUUACUUGCUCAAAAGAAAUAAGGCGAUUUACUUAUUUCUUUAUUUUUUUGUAAACAUAAAAAAAGAAACAGAACAUUCGUACAAACAAAAUGUAGAGGAAAAAAAAAUUUUCAUAAAAAUAAUAAAAUAUUAUUAUCAAAUAAAGGAAAGAGAACAAAAGAACAUAUUAAGAAUAAUAAGAAGAAAUGAAUAUAUAGCACCCUCCUUUUCAUUUUUAAUAUUUCUAACUAGACAUUUUUUAAAAGUCAUUAAUAAAAAGUCAUCAAUUUUUAUUCUUAAUAAAUAUAAAAAUGCACAAAAUGAAAGGGUUACACUUGAAGGGGGAAAAAAACAUCAUAAGAGCACUAGAGAAAAAAAAAAAAAUAAAAGAAAAAGAAAAAAUAAUAAUAAAAUAAAUAAUAAUUAUAUAUAUAAUAAUAUUUAUAAAAAAAAAAAAAUUUAUAAACCAUCUAUACAUAUAUAUAAUAAAAAUUUGUUUUUUAUUUUUUACAAAAAUAUAUAUAAAUUAAUAAAAUAUUUUAAAAAAUUUUUAAGGUAUAAUUUUAAUACAUACAUAUAUAACAUAUCAACAGAUGAAAUAGAAAAAUUAUUUUAUAACAACACUUAUAAUAUUAUAGAUUCGUUUAAAAGACAACAAAUUAAAAGAAUCAAUACUAAUAAUUGUUUUGUAUCUACAUUAAAUAAAUCAAAAUUUUAUAUAUUCCACAAAAAAGAUAAAAACAUAAAUGGAAACAUCUUUUAUCCAGUUUUCAAAAAAUCAAACAUAAAAAAUAAAAAGGAUACUCUUUUUAUAAAAUUAAAAAAAACAAACAAAAAACCAACGAGUUAUAAUCAAAUAAAGUAUUGGAACUUGUCUAGAAAAAUAGCAUAUGAAUAUUGCAAAAGUAUAAUGAAAAAGGGGGGACAAGAAAAUAGAAUUAUCAUAUUAAAUGAUACAUUUCAUUUGCCUUCCAUGAGAAAAGAAUAUUAUAUUCUGACCAAAAAAUAUCCUUACAAUUACAUUCAGACAUUUAUAAAUACACCACUUGCUACAUGUCUUAAUAGAAAUAAGAAGAGAGAAAAAUUCAAAUAUAUUUCUUCAAAAACUAUUAUUAGAAAUUAUAAAUGUCAUAAAAAAUAUUCAAUUCAAUCCAAGCUACAAAAAAAUGUAUCAAAAAUGUUACAUGUAGUCAAAUCAAAAUAUAAAUGGCAAGAAAAAAUAUUAUCGCUCCAAGUAAAUACCUUCUACAAAAAAUCUAAAACUAAUAAGAACAAACUAAUACAUAUUCUACGCUUUAUUUACAACAAUUUUGAUAACUUCAAAAAUAUGGAUACAAUAAAAAUAAGAAACGAUGAUAAGAAGAAAAACGAUAUGGACACCAACAAAUUAAAUAUUCUCAACGUAACCAUUAAUAAAAUGAUACAUGAAAAAUUAAAAAACCUCCCAAAUGAAAAGAAAAACGAAUAUGCCAAAAGGUUUCAUUUCAUUAAAUUGGAAAUAUUAAAAGAGUGCCGAAUGAAUACAAUGAUUACUCCUGAAUAUAUAGAUAAAAAAUUGGACAUAUCUUAA